AUGAUCAAGGUAGAUUAAGAAAUAUUUUAAGAAAGUUUUAUUUGAAUAGAUAGAAAUAAACUUUAUUAAAAAAAAUACAAAUUUAAUUAUUGCAUACAUUAGUAGGGUAAAUAGAAGUUUCCUUUUAAAAAUGGAAGGCUCUACCUGAAAAUAAAGAAUUAGAUUCAUUAAAAGCAAGUGUAUUCGAAAAAUCUCUAAAUAGAUUCAAAAUUCACAUGGUUAGAAAGGAUACGUUCAAUCAAUUAUAAAAUAUUUAUCUUGAUGGUUAAGCAAGAUAAAAAUAUACUUUAAAUAAAAUGUUGUACAAUUACAUGAGUGCUUAAAAGAAAGCAUUUUUGAAAUGGUACAAAAUUGUUGAAUUUCAUAGAGCGACAGAAGCUUUCAAUAUUUUGGAUAAGAAGAAGCUUGCAAUAUAAUUAUUCUAUUAACAUAAAAUGAACUAAUUAAAUGUAGCCUUAGUAGAAUGGAAACGCUUAUCAUCAUAUUUGACAAAUAAAAGGGAAUCUGCUUAAGUAAGAGAAAUUAGGUUGAAGAGAGAGGCUAUAUUGUUAUUCUAAAAUUUUGGCAAAAUAAAAUUAAGAAUAUAUUUCCAAAGAUGGAAUAUUAGAGCUGUUAAGAAGAAUAUGGUCUCAGUAUUUAAUGCAAUUUAAAAGUUGCUAUUAUUAAAUCUAAAACAAGAUAGGGAAUUAAUGAAAGAAGCUUUGGAUAUUUGGAAAGGACCAAAACUUUAAAAUAGAUGGUUCUAGAGAGUAGCUGAAAUGAUUGCUAAGAACAAAAGUAUCACUCCUUAAAUAGCCUUUUGGAGAAUGAGGGACAUUUCAACUACAUCAAAAUCAGCCAGCUUGAACUCUUUAUAAAUAGUCAAAUGCAAAAAAUUGAUAAAUAAUUUACUAAAGGCAUAUGACAGAGUUAGAUAAAGAGCAUUUACUAAUAUUGAACAUUUUGGAAGAGGGAUUACAGAUACAAGUUCAUUCCAACCAUCACACUCAAGCUUCCUAUAAUAAACUCCUGUAAGGGAUUCUUUAGGAAAAUCCUAAAUGGAAUCAAUUUUAUUAAAGAAUAGCCAAUAGCUUGCUAAUGUAUUAAAUAAGUUAAAUUUCAGUAAUCUGAUUAAGAGCUGCUGAA